AUGGUUGCUAGAUUAUUUGCUACUUCAACUAGAUCUGCCCUCAAGGCUGCUAAGGCUAACUUAGCUUUAAACAGAGGUUUAGCUACUGCAGCUCCAGCUGUUGGUAAGGUUAAGUCCGUUAUUGGUGCGGUUGUCGAUGUCCAAUUCGAACAAGGCCAAUUACCACAAAUUUUAAACGCUUUAGUUAUGGAUAAUGGUGGUAACAAGUUAGUUUUAGAAGUUGCUCAACAUUUAGGUGAAAACACUGUCAGAACCAUUGCUAUGGAUGGUACUGAAGGUUUAGUUAGAGGUCAAACCGUUAACGAUACCGGUGCUCCAAUCUCUGUCCCAGUUGGUAGAGGUACCUUAGGUAGAAUCUUGAACGUCAUUGGUGAUCCAGUCGAUGAAAGAGGUCCAGUUGACUGUAAGGAAAGAAAGCCAAUUCACGCUGAUCCUCCAGCUUUCGUUGAACAAUCCACUGAAGCUGAAGUUUUGGAAACUGGUAUUAAGGUUGUCGAUUUAUUAGCACCUUACGCAAGAGGUGGUAAGAUUGGUUUAUUCGGUGGUGCUGGUGUUGGUAAGACCGUUUUUAUCCAAGAAUUGAUCAACAAUGUUGCAAAGGCUCAUGGUGGUUUCUCCGUUUUCACUGGUGUUGGUGAAAGAACCAGAGAAGGUAACGAUUUAUACAGAGAAAUGAAGGAAACUGGUGUUAUUAACUUGGAAGGUGAAUCCAAGGUCGCCUUAGUUUUCGGUCAAAUGAACGAACCACCAGGAGCUAGAGCAAGAGUUGCUUUAACUGGUUUGACCAUUGCAGAAUAUUUCAGAGAUGAAGAAGGUCAAGAUGUCUUGUUAUUCAUUGAUAACAUUUUCAGAUUCACCCAAGCAGGUUCUGAAGUCUCUGCAUUAUUAGGUAGAAUUCCAUCUGCUGUCGGUUAUCAACCAACUUUAGCAACCGAUAUGGGUCUUUUACAAGAAAGAAUUACCACCACCAAGAAGGGUUCCGUUACUUCUGUCCAAGCUGUUUAUGUCCCAGCCGAUGAUUUAACCGAUCCUGCUCCAGCUACUACUUUCGCCCACUUGGAUGCAACCACUGUCUUGUCCAGAGGUAUUUCCGAAUUAGGUAUCUACCCAGCUGUCGAUCCAUUAGAUUCUAAGUCUAGAUUAUUAGAUGUUGCAGUUGUUGGUCAAGAACAUUAUGAAGUUGCAACUCAAGUCCAAGAAACUUUACAAGCUUACAAGUCUUUACAAGAUAUUAUUGCUAUUUUGGGUAUGGAUGAAUUAUCUGAACAAGAUAAGUUAACCGUUGAAAGAGCAAGAAAGAUCCAAAGAUUCUUAUCUCAACCAUUCUCUGUUGCAGAAGUUUUCACUGGUAUUCCAGGUAAGUUAGUCAGAUUAGAAGAAACCAUCAAGUCUUUCAGGGAUGUUCUUGCAGGUAAGUACGAUCACUUACCAGAAAACGCUUUCUACAUGGUUGGUGGUAUUGAAGAUGUCAUUGCAAAGGCUGAAAAGUUAGCUGCUGAAGCUAACUAA